UGAGUCCUGUGUUGUCGAGGAGGCCUGCGGUGCUGGGUCUACACUACCUGUCUCUCCUGGUUUCGAGCCGAUUGGGAAGAACACGUGCAUGCAUCUGAAAGAGGAAAUGGAGCCAGUGACCUUUGAGGAUGUGGCUGUGAACUUCAGUCCAGGAGAGUGGGCUUUCUUGAAUUCUAGUCAGAAGAAGCUUUACAGAGAUGUGAUGACAGAAACUUUUAUGAACCUGAUCUCUAUAGGGAAAACAGAAGAAAACAUUGAAGAGGAGUGUGAAAAUUUCAGAAGAAGUUUUCGAACUCAGCUAACUGAGAGAGACUGUAAAUGUGGAAAUGGUUGUCAGUGUGGAGAAGCCCACCACCCAAUUCCGGAAUAUGUUGAUAAUGAGCACAUGCCUUCUGCAACAGCAGUACGGGAAAGCAGUAUGUGUGCAAGAGGCACCAUUGGUCAUUUACCCUCAGCUGUGCAUCUCACAAGUGAAACGGGAAAGAAACCAUUUGAGAAUAAGGGAUAUGUGGAAAUAGCAUUUCAACAUGAGAAACAUUAUGCAGAUUUCACCUCUUCCGAAUACUUUCAGGUACUCAAAAGUCCUAGGCAGAUAUUUCAUAAAAAGAAACAAUCUAACGAAGUGUAUAGGAUUCACACUUCUGACAAAAAUGAUGAGCAAAUUUACGGUGAUGGUACAUGUCACGAAUACAAUCAGUUUGAUAAAGCCGUCAGGAAAUACACUUACUUUCAAAUAUAUGAAAGAAUGCACACUGGAGCAAGACCGUUUAUGUGUACACAGUGUGGCGAAACCUUUGUUAAUUUCAGUCAGCUUGUCUACCAUGAAAAAAUUCAUACUGGGAAGGAAUGUUAUGUGUGUAAUCAGUGUGGAAAAGCAUUUAGACACUACUCGUACCUUCAGAAACAUGAAAGAAUCCACAGUGGAGACGCUCCCUAUGUGUGUAAGCAGUGUGGCAAGGCAUUCAUUCGUUCAUCACACCUUCUUGUCCAUGAAAGAACUCACACUGGAGAGAAACCUUAUGCCUGUAAGCAUUGUGGAAAAGCAUUCAGCCAUCACAGCGCCUGUUAUAGACAUGAAAUAAUUCACACUGAAGAGAAACCCUAUGUUUGCAAGCAGUGUGGAAAAGCAUUUACCUGUUCUACGUCCCUUCGCAACCAUGAAAGAAUUCACACUGGAGAAAAACCUUAUGCGUGUAAGCAGUGUGGCAAGUCCUUCAUCCAGCGUGAUGCUUGUUACAAUCAUGAAAGAACACACACUGGAGAAAAGCCCUAUGUAUGUAAGCAGUGUGGAAAGGCAUUUACAUGGUCCACAUGCCUUCGCAACCAUGAAAGAACUCACACUGGAGAGAAACCUUACACAUGUAAGCAUUGUGGGAAAGCCUUUACACAUUCCAGUACCCGUUACAGUCAUGAAAGAAUUCAUACUGGAGAAAAACCAUAUGUAUGUAAAAAGUGUGGAAAGGCAUUCAUUCAUUCCAGUCAUCUUAUCAGCCAUGAAAAGAUCCACACUGGAGAGAAACCUUAUGCAUGUAAGCAUUGUGGGAAGGCUUUCAUUCAACGUAAGGCCUGCUACAAUCAUGAACGAACUCAUACUGGAGAAAAGCCUUAUGUAUGUAAACAUUGUAAGAAAGCAUUUAGGUGUUCCACAUACCUUCGCAAUCAUGAAAGAACUCAUACUGGAGAGAAACCUUACAUAUGUAAGCAUUGUGGAAAAGCCUUUACACAUCAGAGUGCCCGUUACCGUCACGAACGAAUUCACACUGGAGAGAAACCAUAUGUAUGUAAAAAGUGCGGGAAAGCCUUCAGUGAUUGCAGCUAUCUUGUGAAACAUGAAAGAAUUCAUUGGAGAGAAACCUUACACAUUCAAAAAUAGAGAAGCUUUUGUGUGUUCCACAUCCCUUUAUAUGCAUGGAAGCUGACAGAAAGAACUGGAAAUUUACAGCAGUGUAUCUGGUGGCCUUGCCUGUGCUUACUUAUGUUGUGAGGUAUGAAGGAAAGAAGAGUGUGAACAACUCACAAGAAGGCUCAAUGGGUAAAGGUGUUUUUUCCUAAGUCAGGUAAUCUGAGUUCCAUCCCAGGGUCCCUUAUAGUGGAUAUAGAGAAUUCCCAAAUGUUUACCUCUGAGUUCCAGGUACACACUUGGACUCACACACAAACUGAAUAUUUAUUUUUAAAAACAGUGGAGAUUAACUAACUGAAAGCUGCAAAAGUGUAGUUGUAUCCCCAAUAUGCAAAUAUAUAUAGGAUAACAUCCUAUUGCACUGGGCAUGGUAGGGCGUGCCUUUUAUUCUAGCACUUGGUGAAGAAGAGAUGGUAGAGAUCAGAGAACUAUAACGGAUAUAGUGGGUUUGAGCACCACAUGGGAGGUUUAAGAAGAACCAGUUAGAAGCAAGUGGAAUUUUCUUUACAAAAAGAAAAGAUGGUUCCACUAUUAAAAGCACAUACUGCUCUCCCUGAGGACCUGAGUUUUUCAGCAUCCACACAGUGUGGCUCACAGCCACCUCUAAUUCCACAUCCAAGAUGUGAUGCCCUCUUCUGGCCUCUGCAAGCACAGAACACAUGUGAUACACAUACUUAGAAUUAAAAACACAUCUUUAAGUAAUUAUGUGUAUAAAGCAAACAGUUGUGGAUUUUUCACAUAAGAAAAUUUAUGAAAUAUUAUGUAAUUCAAUCUUAUAAGAAUAAUAAAUGUGGAGACUGAACAAAUUUAUUUGUACAGAAUAUUUCUGGAAAUAACCUGGAUUACAGUAAAAUUAUGAGAAUUUUUGUCAUUGUUCAAGUCUUAUAUGUAACCUUUUACAUUGUUUUUUUUAUAGUUUUGAAAUAAGAUUUCAUAAACAAUGUCAUAAUUUUGCCUGCCUGUAUUACCUACUGUUUGGAAUGUUGAAGCUACCAAGAGACUGUCCCUAACAAUAGCAAUCAUAUAUAAAAAAAAUUGUGUUGAGGUAGUGUAAGUUUGGUUAAUUAAUGUCAUUUAAAUGGUAUUGUUUAAAUGAAAUGAGGUAGAACUUUUUCAACUUUACUGUAGAGCUGUUGGAUUCAUUGAACUGAGAUGCAUUUUUAAUAGAACAGUAGACUUAAUUUCACCUAGUUUGUUGGUAAUUAUGGUUCAUUUGAAAGUAAAAAUAUAUGCUUCUUAAAAGUAUUUUCUCAUAUGUCAUAUUUUUUAAAAGUAUUAUUAAUUCCUUUACAAUUUCCUUACAUUUAUGUGAAAAUGGAAAUUUUCUGGUGUUUACAUAGAUUUUUAUAUGUUGUACUUUUCAGUGUAUGUGUUGUUCCAAUAAUAGUGCUUUGUUUCUUUUUUGUUUGUAAACAGGAUCUCACUAUGACUGGUCUAGAACUCACAUAGUUCCUGCCUUUGCCACCAAAGAGUUGGAAUUAAAGCUUGUACCACCACA